AUCAGUAAGAGAACAAGAGGAGGGGCUGGUCAUGAGCGAAUGGAGAGCUUUUAGUGGGGAGGCGGAGGGAGGCUGACAGCGCUUUAGUGGGCUAGGACUGGCACACAUACACACACAGGAAGAGAAGAGGAGAGGGAAUAUUGCCGUGCAUUGUUAAGACUUCUAUCGUGCACUGUUUCUUCUCUAUCUGGAGCAAAAGUUCUCACGCAGUUUUGUCCCUUUGCCUCUUUUGGAUUUUUUCCGUGCUGAAACGGGGAUGAGAGACUCUGUGGAUUGGCAAGUGGGCAGCGAGAGCUGGGGUGGAAUACUUCUCUAACUAGCCAGGUUAUGCUCUCUCUCCUCCUCUUCUACCAGUUUCACUCUUCAUCGAACUAGACGUAGAACACUUCUUGGGUCGCUUUCCUCUUUCGUCUUUCAGGAUGCUGCCUUUAACUAUCACCUGUGGAGGGUAGUAUUCUGCGGGGGGGCUUACGAGAGGUGUGUGUUUUUCGAGAAGAGUGGGAUGUUUGGGUGAAAUGAAAGUGACAUUUGUGCCUUCUGGUGAAGCCUAACUUUUUCUGGAGAGCCGCCAUGCUGAGCCUGCAGGAUUCGGUCUUCUUUGAGAUCAGCAUCAAAUCUCUGCUCAAGUCUUGGAGCAGCAGCUCUUCUGCACCAGUCAGCAGCAGCAGCGUGAGUAGACGCCGCGCCCCCUCCUCAGUGACUCCCCUCUCGUGGGAGAAACACAACGCUGCCGCCAUGUCGAGCAUCACCAUCGACCCCGAGCUCAAGCCCGGGGAGUUUGUCAUCAAGAGUCUAUUUGCUGAGUUUGCUGUGCUGGCUGAGAAGAAGAUCGAGAUGGUGAUGGCUGAACCGCUGGAGAAACCCCUGUCCCGAUCCCUCCAGAGAGGGGAAGAUGCACAAUUUGACCAGUUAAUAAGCUCUAUGAGCUCAAUAGCAGAACACUGUUUGCCCUCCCUACUGCGCACGCUGUUCGACUGGUACCGGCGGCAGAGUGGCACUGAAGAUGAGUCUUACGAGUACAGACCUCGCUCCAGUACUAAGUCUAAAGGAGACGAACAGCACCGGGAUAAAGAUUACCUUCUGGAACGGAGGGACUUAGCCAUAGAUUUCAUUUUUUGUUUAGUUUCAGUGGAAGUUCUUAAACAGAUUCCUCUUCAUCCAGUGCCAGAUGUUCUAGUACACGAAGUUCUAAAUCUGGCAUUCAAGCACUUUAAACACAAAGAGGGGUACUGUGGCCCUAACACUGGCAAUGUGCACAUCAUCGCAGACCUGUAUGCUGAGGUCAUCGGAAUCCUGACACAGUCAAAGUUUCAGGCAGUGAGGAAGAAGUUCAUCACAGAGCUGAAGGAGCUCCGGCUAAAAGAGCAGAGUCCCUACGUAGUCCAGAGCAUCAUCAGUCUCAUCAUGGGCAUGAAGUUCUUCCGGGUUAAGAUGUAUCCCGUGGAGGAUUUCGAGGCGUCUUUUCAGUUCAUGCAGGAGUGUGCCCAGUAUUUCCUGGAAGUCAAGGAUAAAGACGUCAAGCAUGCUCUAGCAGGCCUUUUCGUUGAGAUCCUCAUCCCCGUGGCAGCCGCGGUGAAAAAUGAAGUCAACGUGCCGUGCCUGAAGAACUUUGUGGAGAUGCUGUACCAGACAACAUUUGAACUUAGUUCCAGAAAGAAGCACUCGUUGGCUCUGUAUCCUCUGGUGACGUGCUUGCUGUGUGUUAGUCAGAAGCAGUUCUUCCUCAACAACUGGCACAUCUUCCUCCAGAACUGCCUCUCACACCUGAAGAUGCCGUCUAACAACAGCAUCCGAAAGCAGAUUGAGACGUUGCAGAACAAAGACCCCAAAAUGUCCCGCGUGGCGCUGGAGUCGCUCUACAGACUGCUGUGGGUCUACAUUAUUAGGAUCAAGUGUGAGAGUAACACUGUCACUCAGAGUCGACUACUCAGCAUCGUUUCAGCACUUUUCCCCAAAGGCUCCCGUAGUGUGGUGCCCAGGGACACGCCCCUCAACAUCUUUGUCAAGAUCAUCCAGUUCAUAGCUCAGGAAAGACUGGACUUUGCUAUGAAGGAGAUCAUCUAUGACCUCCUGUGUGUGGGCAAGUCUCACAAAACCUUCACCAUCAAUCCAGAGAGGAUGAAUAUUGGUCUGAGAGCCUUCUUGGUGAUCGCUGACAGCCUACAGCAGAAAGACGGCGAGCCUCCGAUGCCUACGACGGGGAUCAUCAUGCCCUCUGGCAACACCCUGCGGGUCAAAAAGAUCUUCCUCAACACCACCCUCACUGAUGAAGAAGCCAAGGUCAUAGGCAUGUCACUGUACUACCCACAAGUAAGGAAGGCCUUAGAUAACAUCCUGCGACACCUGGACAAGGAAGUGGGACGCUCCAUGAGCAUGACCAACGUCCAGAUGUCCAACAAGGAGCCCGAGGACAUGAUCACGGGAGAGAGGAAGCCAAAGAUCGAUCUGUUCCGUACGUGUGUUGCCGCCAUCCCGAGAUUGAUACCAGAUGGCAUGAGCAGACAAGACUUAAUAGAGCUUCUAGCUAAGCUGACCAUCCACAUGGAUGAGGAGCUCCGUGGCCUUGCCUUUACUACCCUCCAGGCCCUGAUGGUGGAUUUCCCGGAGUGGCGUGAGGACGUUCUCUCGGGCUUCGUCUACUUCAUUGUCCGAGAGGUGACUGACGUCCACCCCACUUUGUUGGACAACGCUGUCAAGAUGCUCCUGCAGCUCAUCAGCCAGUGGAGGCAGGCGGUGCAGAGCAGCAAUAAGAGCCACGAUCCUCAGGGCUCAAGCAGCGGUCAUUCCCUGUCCCUGGAGCGUACUCCUCUGUUAGGCGUGCUGCAUAUGGUGGAAGGUUUAGCUCUGGUGGUGCUUUGUAGCUGCCGCCCGGCCACACGCAGGCUGGCUGUUAACGUCCUCAAGGAGGUCCGAGCGCUGCACACUGCACUGGGCAUCGGCAAGGUGGAUGAGGAGUUGGCCAUUGAUGUGAUGGACAGAUUAAGUGCAUCAGUGUUGGAGAGCUUCAUUCACCUCACAGGAGCUGACCAGACCAACCUGCUGUACUGUCCCAGUGGGAUCGAUCUGCAGACGCUAGCUGAGUGGAGCUCAUCUCCCAUCAGCCACCAGUUCGAUGUGGUGAGCCCCUCGCACAUCUGGGUGUUUGCCCACGUUACUCAGGGCCAGGACCCCUGGGUCAUCAGCUUCUCCAGCUACCUGCGGCAGGAGAACCUGCCCAAACAUUGCCCCACCGCCCUCAACUACGCCUGGAUGUUUGCCUACACCCGCCUGCAGCUGCUGUCGCCACAAGUCGACAUCAAUAGCCCCAUCAAUGCCAAGAAACUGAACAGUCUGAACAGCAGUGACUCCUACGUCGGCCUUUGGAGGAACUACCUGAUUCUGUGCUGCAGCUCCGCCUCCUCCUCCCCCUCCAUGUGCUCCUCAUCCUCCACCUCCGGCUCCGUCCGCUGCUCCCCGCCUGAGACGCUGGCGUCCACGCCGGACAGCGGCUAUAGUUAUGAUUCAAAGAUUGUUGGUACUCCGUCCCCCUCCUCCCUGUUCAAACAUAUCGUUCCCAUGAUGCGCUCUGAGAGCAUGGACAUCACAGAGUCUCUUGUGUUGGGGCUUGGCAGGACCAACCCCGUGGCCUUCAGAGAGUUGAUAGAGGAGCUAAAUCCCAUCAUAAAAGAAGCUCUAGAAAGAAGACCUGAAAACAUGAAGCGACGCCGGCGUCGUGACAUCCUCAGGGUCCAGCUGGUCCGGAUAUUUGAGCUGCUGGCUGAUGCUGGUGUCAUCAGUCAGAUAGCCAGUGGAGGGUUAGAUGGAGAGAGCCACUCUCUGAACAGCGCGCUGCUGGAGUAUGUUGAUCUGACCAGGCAGUUGCUCGAGGCCGAAAAUGACAAAGACUCUGACACACUGAAGGACAUUCGCUGUCACUUCAGUGCACUGGUGGCCAAUAUCAUUCAGAAUGUCCCAGUGCACCAGAGGAGGACCAUCUUCCCCCAGCAGUCGCUGAGACACAGUCUGUUCAUGCUGUUCAGUCACUGGGCCGGACCUUUCAGCAUCAUGUUCACUCCCCUGGACCGCUACAGUGACAGAAAUAUGCAGAUCAACCGCCAUCAGUACUGUGCACUGAAGGCCAUGUCUGCAGUGUUGUGUUGUGGACCUGUAGCUGACAACGUUGGCCUCUCCUCUGAUGGCUACCUCUACAAGUGGCUGGACAACAUCCUGGAUUCUCAGGACAAGAAGGUUCACCAGCUGGGUUGUGAGGCGGUGAUGCUGCUGCUGGAGCUGAAUCCGGACCAGAGCAACCUCAUGUUCUGGGCCGUGGACCGCUGCUACACUGGCUCUCGUCGUGUGGCGGCCGGCUGCUUCAGAGCCAUCGCCAACGUCUUUCACAACAGGGAUUACCAAUUUGACACUGUGGUGCUGCUGAACCUGAUUCUGUUCAAGGCGGCUGAUUCUUCCAGGGACAUCUAUGAGGUGGCCAUGCAGCUGUUACAGAUCCUGGAACCCAAACUCUUCCGUUACGCCCACAAAUUGGAGAUCCAGCGAAGUGAUGGUAUCUUGACGCAUCCCUCGCCGCUGCCACACCUCUACUCUGUGUCUUACUACCAGCUGUCUGAGGAGCUUGCGAGGACGUACCCAGAGCUCACGCUGCCCAUCUUCUCAGAGGUGAGCCAGCGCAUCCAGACGGCGCAUCCCGGCGGUCGUCAGGUCAUGUUGCACUACCUCCUGCCUUGGAUGAACAACGUGGAGCUGGUCGACCUCAAACCGACUGCACGGCGACCGGAGGAUUGCGGCAGCGGCGAGGACGACGAGGACGCACACGAGCGGGAGACCAUGAUGGUCAACAGCCGACGCUGGCUCCGUGGAGAGGGUUGGGGCUCCCCUCGCGCUACAACCAUGGUGCUCAACAAUCUCAUGUUCAUGACCGCUAAGUAUGGGGAUGAGUUUGCUUGGUCGGAGAUAGAGACCGUAUGGACCACAUUAGCAGACAGCUGGCCAAAGAACCUCAAAAUCAUUCUGCACUUCCUCAUCAGUAUGUCAGGAGUCAACAGUGACCCCAGCCUCUUGCCCUACGUGAAACGAGUCGUGGUUUACUUGGGCAGAGAUAAGACUAUGCAGCUGCUGGAGGAGUUGAUGUGUGAGCUCGAGUUGACUGAUCCCGUUUGCUCAGCAGUGACUCACAUGGACAACCCCCCCUAUUACCGCAUCACCUCCAGUUACAAGAUCCCCUCAGUCACCUCAGGAACAACCUCCAGCAGCAAUACCAUGGUGCCAGGAAACGAUGGUCAUCAUGACAGCAAGAUCAAAGACUCCAACAUGGAGGACAGUUACACCCACCUGGACAUCUACAGUGGUCUGAACAGCAACCUGAACCGUCAGCACCACCGACUGGAGUCUCGUUACAGCAGCAGCUCCGGAGGCUCCUACGAAGAAGAGAAGAGUGACUCCAUGCCACUUUAUGCUAACUGGCGUCUGAAGGUGAUGGAUCACAACCGGCCAGAGCCGCUCCCCUUCCCUCCGACGGGAGGCUGUUGGUCUCCUCUCGUGGACUACCUGCCGGAGACGAAUGCCCCGGGUGUAGCGCUGCACAGAUGCAACAUUGCAGUCAUCCUACUAACAGACCUGAUUGUGGACCACGGGGUCAAAGUGGAGUGGAGUGCCUACCUGCACCUCCUGCUACAUGCAAUCUUUAUAGGGUUUGAUCACCAGCAUCCAGAAGUGUACGAGCACUGCAAGCGUCUGCUGCUCCACCUGCUCGUUGUACAGGGAGGAAAUAGCAGCGUUCAGUCUGUGGCUAUGGUGCUGCUACGCAACAGAGACUACAACGAGCCCAGGGUCCUGACUGUGAAGCCAGUAGCUCCAGAGAUCAACCUCACAGGAGUUCAGGAGUUGUUGCCGGAUUGUCAGCCGUCACCUAUGACCGACUCCGGCCUCAGCUGCAGCUCCACGUCAUCCAGCAUCAGUCUCGGUGCAGGAGGUGCAGCUCUGUCCCACCUCGCGCCCUCGCUCCUCAGCGAGGUCGAUGCCACCGUUGAACAGGACGAGAAGGUCAAAGCUCUCAUUGAGUUCAUUACCUCGAGAAAGCGGGGCCCGCUCUGGAACCAUGAGGACGUGUCGCCCAAGAACCCCAACAUUAAGAGCGCUGACCAGCUGAGUGUUUUCGUCAGACAUGUCACGACUGUCUUCAAGCAUUCCCAGUCAGGUUUCCAGCUCGAGUCAUUGCUGAGUGAAGUAGCCCUGCAGACAGCUCUGUCCUGCUCUUCUCGCCAUUACGCUGGUCGCUCAUUCCAGAUUUUCAGGGCGCUAAAGCAACCUCUGACCCUCGCCACGCUGUCUGACAUCCUCUCUCGGCUGGUGGAGACUAUAGGAGACCCAGGAGAGGAGGCUCAGGGUUUUGUCAUUGAACUACUCUUGACACUGGAGUCGGGCAUCGACACGCUAGCAGACACAGUCAAAAACUAUGACCUCCUCACUGCCUUAGCACAAAGCUCUGCCCGUGAUCACGUGUUGGGGGCCAAGUUUGCAGCCAACAGGAAGAGCACAGGCCAGCUGAACCUGAACACUGGAGGUCUGUUCCAUAACGCUCACGCUCGAAGUAACUCUCUUCGUGCCAGCCUGAUGAGCGAACGAAAAGCCGACCGACGUCGGAGUAACACCUUAGACAUAGCUGACAGACUUGGUGGCAGCCAUGGGAACCUGGCGCGCACGCGGAGCUUAUCGUCGCUCGGUGGGGGAGGGGGUCCAGGAGGGGACACCAUCCCCCCCGUGGACCCUUCGAAUCUGAUGGCCACCGUGUUCUGGAUAGCCGCCUCGCUGCUCGAGUCGGACUACGAGUUUGAGUAUCUGCUAGCCCUGCGGCUGCUCAACAAGCUGCUGGGCCAGCUGCCUCUGGAUCGCGUGGACAGCAGGGAGCGUCUGGAGAAGGUCCAGGCCAAGCUGAAGUGGUACAGCUUCCCUGGUCUGCUGCAGCUCUUCCUGAAGGGCUUCACCUCUGCUUCUACUCAGGAGCUCACCAUCCACCUGCUGAGCAAGCUCAUCAGUGUCUCCAGACAUACACUGGUAGACCCCACACAAGUGGCAGGUUUUCCGUUAAACAUCCUGUGCCUCCUACCACAUCUCAUCCAGCACUUUGACAGCCCCACUCCUUUCUGUAAGGAGACGGCUGAUAAAAUAGCCAAGUUGUGUGCGGAGGAGAAGUCGGCGACUCUCUCCAACCUGGCCCACAUGAUGAGCCUGUACAGCGCACACAGCUACUCCCGCGACUGCACCAACUGGAUCAACGUGGUCUGUCGCUAUCUCCACGAUGCCUUCGCUGAGAUAACCUUGAAUCUGGUCACUUACUUGGCCGAGUUGCUGGAGAAGGGCCUUCCCAGCAUGCAGCAGUCCUUGUUGCAGAUCAUCUACAGCCUGCUGAGUCAUAUCGACCUAUCGGCAGCUCCCGUCAAACAGUUCAACCUGGAGAUCAUGAAGAUCAUCGGCAAAUAUGUCCAGAGCCCUCACUGGAAGGAGGCUCAGAACAUCCUGAAGUUGGUGGUGUCUCGCUCAGCCAGCCUCGUCGUUCCAGACGACGUUCAGCGUUCUUACAGCACCGAGUCAUGCGGCUCUCCAGAAAUCGCCUUUACACGCAUAUUCAACAACUCCUCGAAGGAGCUGCCCGGCAAAACUCUGGACUUCCACUUUGACAUCUCAGAGACACCAAUCAUAGGGCAUAAAUAUGGAGACCAGCGUACCGCAGCAGGCCGGAACGGAAAGCCGCAGGUGAUCGCUGUAACCAGGAGUACCUCCUCCACGUCGUCUGGCUCCAACUCCAACGGUCUGGUGCCCGUAAGCUGGAAGAGGCCUCAACUCUCUCAGAGAAGAACCAGAGAGAGGCUGAUGAAUGUUCUGUCUUUAUGUGGCCCGGAGACUGGCAUUCCCAAAAACCCAUCUGUAAGACUCCUCUCCUACUCUAAAGCCUCUGACAAGGUGGUGUUCUCAUCCAAUGAGGAUCUGGACUCUGCAGACCAGCAGACCAGUCUUAUCCCCACAGUGGAGGAAGUGGUCAGAGAGGAGGAGCUGCUGGGAGAAGACGCAGGCAGCGAGCAGCAGUUUGGUGUCUUCAAGGACUUUGACUUCUUAGAUGUGGAGCUGGAGGAUGCCGAGGAGUUGCAGGGGGAGAGCGUGGACAACUUCAACUGGGGGGUGCGCCGCCGCUCCCUAGAGAGCAUGGACAAAGGGGACACGCCGUCUUUGCAGGAGUGCCAGUACGCCGGCAGCACACCGAGCCUCAACCUCACCAACCACGAGGACACGGAUGAAUCGUCUGAGGAGGAGGUACUGAGCGCUAGCCAGAUUCUCACCCGCUCUGGCCUUCUUAACAGUGACUCUGCCACCGACGACACCGCGUCCAACCAUGUGGACUCCUUGCAGCAGUCUCAAGAGUCAUCCAGCAGUGCCCUGACCGAGGAGGCAACCGUCCUGCCCUCCCACCCCUCCCUCCCUCGACUGGAUAGCCCCAUUUUGGAGAUGGCCCAUUCAGACAGCGCCAGCAGCCAGCUGCCUGAGGACGCUGUGAGCAUGACGGCAGCGGACGAGCUGAGCAGCAGCGUGAGCGAGGACACGGGGUUUUGCAGCGCCCCCCCUCUGCCCUCUGACCCCUCAGAGCUCUGUGACCUCCAGGACUCGCAGGACCCUCAGGAUCCCCAGGAUGCUCAGGAACCCCAGGAGACCCAAGACCCUCAGGAAGACCUGGAUCCAGCCCCCCCUCCCCCGCCGGCCACAGACACUCCACCGGGAUCCCUCUAUGAGGAGGACUCCCAAACACUCCUCCCUCUAUCUCUGCCCCUGCCCAUGCCACCAGAGACUAAGCCUGAUCCAGAUCCAGACCCAGACAGCACCUCUGGCUCUGGGUGGGAGGACGAUGUGACUCAGGCCCUGAAGGAGCUGGAUGAGCGCUGUGAGGAGGAGGAAGCCGACUUCUCUGGCAUGUCCAGUCAAGAUGAAGGUGACGCAGACUGCUUCCCAGAGAUUCAGGCCUCUCCGCCCCCUUCGCCUUUCCUCUCUGCCAUCCUGGCGGCAUUCCAGCCUGUUGCCUAUGACAAUGAGGAAGAUGCUUGGCGUUGCCAUGUCAACCAGAUGUUGUCAGACACAGAUGGUUCCUCUGCUGUUUACACGUUCCACGUGUUCUCCAGACUCUUUCAGACCAUGCAGAAGAAAUUUGGCUCCAUUACACGUUCAUCUGUUCGCUUUCUCGGGGAAAGGCUCCAGCGGAUGGGCAAUCAGUUCCUCAGCUCCCUGGAAGUCAUGACGUCUCGCUCGCAGUGCCCCACUGUGCUGCUGGAUGCAGAGACGCUGGUCUCUUGUGGACUGUUGGAGACUCUGAAGUUUAGUGUGCUGGAGUUGCAGGAACACCUGGACACCUACAACGCCAAGAGAGAAGCAGCAGAGCUUUGGCUGGAGAACUGCAGGAAAACAUUUGGGGACAAAGACAGCAGCCAACGACCUAAUACUCAUGCGCAGCAAAUGGAAAAUCUAGCAGAGCUGGAGUUAUGUCGCCGGCUCUAUAAGUUGCACUUUCAGCUGCUGCUGCUCUUCCAGGCCUACUGUAAGCUCAUCAGCAGGGUGGACACCAUCAAGAGAGAGGCAGAGGUGACCAACAUGUCUGAAGAACUCACCAUCCUAGAGAGCUGUUUGAAGGAGGCAGAGACAGGAAAUGGUGGUCAGGAGGAUGUGUGCAUGUCAGACGCCGCCCAGGCCAACACGGAGACGGCCAUCCAAUCACUGAUCGAGACUCUGAGAGCCAGAGACUUUAUCUCUGCCCUCACACAGGUCAAAGUCUUUAGGUCUUUGUGGCCCAACGACAUCUUCGGCAACGAGACGGACAACGCAGUCCAGACCCUCCUGCACAUCUACUUCCGUCACCAGACGCUGGGCCAGACGGGCUGCUUGGCGGUGGUGGGCCCCAGCAGGGACCUGUCUCAGGCCAGCACCCGCCUCAUGGAGCUCAACCUGCAGAUCCGCGAGGCUCUGAGUCAGGCGCAGGCCUGCCAGCCCCUCGCCACCAUGGUCAGCACUGGACUGUGAAGCUGUGGUACUGCAGGCUGCAAGCCUGGACUAGACUGGACACAUAUAUAUAUAUAUAUACCCCUCCCCUGCUCUACACAGACCUCACCUCAGCUGUAGAGAGAGGGUAGACAGCGAGGGGCUUCAGAGGAGGACGACAGACUCCACCUAUAAAGGGCUAAAGGAUGCGUGGGAAUAACUGUGACUCUUAAUAUAUAUUAUUACAUGUAUGAAUGCUUCAAGCUAACAUCUUUUUCCCAGACUAAGCCAACUUGCAAAAUUCCGUUGCAAUAAGUGGUGUGGUGGUGUGCCUGGGAGAGAAUAAGAGAGGACGCAGUGGGAUGAUAACUUUUCUUUUUAUUUUAUUUUUUUUUGCUGGAUCUGACCUGAUGGGCCCAUCGUAGCAACCGGCGGCCUCCUCCUCGCUGGAGGAAAGGCCGGGGUUCUAAGAUGGUGUUGAAGCAUGUGAGACGGUCCAGAGGAGGUGUCGUAUGUGUGAGGACACACCGUCAAAGAUUCAUAAAGCAAAACACAGAGAAAAAAAAUCUUGUUUAAAAAGUUUUCAAAAGCAUGCUUGAAAGAGAAAAGCACUGCAAGAAUAUUUUUUUGAGAAAUGUAUUUUUUAUUAGAGCUAACAUCCUAGGUUGUAAAUGUUAGGAUAUUUAACAUGUAAUUGUAGCCCUGUGGGAGACUUCAGGGAGUGUAAAAAGAGAAAUAUAUCUGUUUAUUGAUCUGCUUUGAGAGGAGAGUCCCCUUCAACAGGUCUUCACGCAAAACUCACUCUUUAACCAAAUAAGUAGCUGCCUUUAGAGACUCUCGACUGUGUGAUUAUAUAUUGGAUAUUCUGGUAUACGCUCACACACAAAUGCAUAUAAUUGCACACUUAAGUGCAGACUGGCUACAACUCAUUAUGGAAAACAUAACUUAUUUUACUCUGUAUAUAUUUUAGAAAAUGUAUAGUGUAAAACCAGUAUUUUUCCCCUUGUACUUUUUGUGUAAUGCACUGUUCAUCCGAGUAGGAUGUAUGUAUAAAGCUAAUGUGAUGAGAGAUUUGAGUCCAUUAAUGAUCCGCUCCGCCUUCGUCAUCCAAUCACAAAUUUACCCAAAGGCUGCCUUGGUUGUUGGUCGUGGUCUUGCAGACGGGGGUCGGGGCUCAUUUGGGACUAGCCACCAUGGUGAUGGUGAUGGCGUGGGAGAUCUAAUGUAGCCUCCGCCUCCUGUCGGGACCACGCCAAUCCAGCCAAGUCAUAUGCAUUCCUUCUCUCCACUGUGAUCUUUCUGUUAGCACGGCUCUGCUUAAAGCCUCAUGAAGGGGAGGACUAAGGUUUGUUUUUGUUUUUUUUGUUUUUUUUGUCCAUGUAGGUUGAUCACGUUGCAAAGCAGCGCUCUCAUCUCUCCGCACACAUUUUGAUCCCGUUUUCCGAGGGAGGAAAAUGUUGGUCGUUGAAGAAGCGCUAUGCUUUGAGAACGGCCCCUACUUUGCUGCUGUGAGUGCAGGACAUUUAACCCGGUAUCUUUCUGGACAUCUUUGUCAUGGCACAUUGUAACACGUCACUGUACUCAUUCCUCAGAGAGCUUUUUUUUUUUUUUUUUUCCUGCUUGUCUGGUACAUUUUGAAUGCUGUUCUUAAUUAUUUAAUGAAUAUAUUAUUUACCUGGAAGGAUGUUUUAAUGUAGAGGUGCAUUAUACAUUUUUCUUUUCUUGUUCACUCACAUACCAGCCUUCUCUCUGGAUAAAUAAAAACCUAAUCAUACAGUA